UCAUUUAAUUUCAUGAAAUGGUUAAAGCUUUAUGAACGAGUUAAUCUGAUAAGUCAGCCAGAUUAAAGAAAAACGAACGCUCCAUUAUUUUAGUUUAUGGAUUUUAAGAUUACGUUAUUGUUGAUAGUUAUACAUUAAAAGGAAUAUUUUGUUGGUAAAAAUUACGGACUAAGGAAUCAUAAUGAGUGCAGAUCGACGCAGAAUGAGUAAAAAGGGAAAGGUAAAAGGGAAACCAUCAAAGGAUGAUGAUGGAGAUGAUAAAGAGUCUAUGGCAUUCAAGGUGCUCACACAGGAACAAACUAAUGAACUUCUACCCAUGAAUGUCAAUCAAAUACAAGACAAACUAAAAGAGAUAUUUAAUCUGGAGAACAAUGCAAUAGACAUAACACAAGCUUCUAUAUUAGACUACUAUACGUCAGCUGUGUAUUGGGGAAUACAACAGAAGUUCACUGCCCAACAGUUGUCAGGCUUUUUCACAGUAAUGCACACAUUGUUGGAAAAUAUAAAAGAGAAACAUCUGAGUAUGACUGAAAACUCAGUAGAGUUCAGUAAAAUGUUGGCAGGUAUUGGUGUUGAUGAAGUUAAAUCAGGCAGUCUCGACUUCUUUUCUGUAAAAGAAGCUAAAGUAGUCUCACAAUAUGUUUAUACUACGUUAUUUCAGCAUUAUAGACUAUUUUUGUUCAUGUUCACCCAUUCACAAGCUGAGGAAAUCAUUGGUACUGAUUUAGAGGUUGAGGUAGCUAAAGCAGCCGAUGUCCCGUUCCCACCACCUCUAGAUGAAGGAGUGUCCGCAGAUUUAUUUCAAGAUUAUAUCAAGACCCCACCUCCUACACCUUCUCCAGAGCAUAAGUCAAGGGAAACAAAAUCUGCCUUGUCAAGGGUAGCGACCCCAAAGACCCCUAAAUCAAGAGGCUCAACCCCUAGAUCAAGGGGUACUACCCCUAAAUCUCGAGGUUCAGCCUCCAAAUCUAGAGGGUCAUCUAAGGGGUCUGCUUCUAGAAAGAAAAUUGUGCCUGAAGAGGAAAAACCGGAUCCUAAUAAAGAAUUGGAGGAUCAAGUGUCACAAUCUGACCUGUUUGCUGAACUUACACCAGAAGAUGUCCGAGAAGUUGUUGAAAGUGUUACUAAAGAAAUGCUUGGAAAUUUACAGAGUGAGAUUGCAUUAAAAUUACAAGAUAAAGAAAGUCAAAUUAUUCAGAGGAUCAACAAAAUACACAAAGUGGCAGAAUGAAGAAUGCAUUAUCUGAACUUUUUACUAUGAAAACUUUAUAUAAAAAUUAUUUAUAAACUUGAAACCUUUCAUUAGAAGAAAUAAUGCAUUUCACUUUAAUCAUGGUUUAAGUAUUUUGAGAGAAAAGAAUUUUUUUUCAGUAUUUUGUUGAUGUAUUUAAUUUGGAACAGAAGCAUUGUUGAAAUUAUGUUCUUGAAUGGAAGAUGGUUUGAAACCUAUUGUGUAGAGAAAUGAUAUUUUAUAGUAAUGUAUUUAUAACACCCUGUGAUAUGUUUAUGUAAAUAUUUUUAUAUUGUUAUUUGUGUAUAAUAUUGAUGAAUAAAUUUUGUAGAAA